UUCAGCCAUUAAAAGAGCUGUCAUCAUGUCGACCACUAAUCAUGUCGCUACGCCAGGAUCACAAGCAUCACCAGCUUCAGUACAGCAACAAUUACCUCAACUUUCAGUUGCACAUCACCAAAGGAAAGACGUUGCUGUUGUAUUUAUAGUAGACGGAUCAGCCAGAAUGAGACCUCAUUUGAAUCUAUUAUAUGAGGCUUAUGUUGAACCUAUUUUAAAACAAUUACGCUCACCUAUUAUUACAGAAGCUGACGAACGACAAGCAAAGACAAAGAUCGUUCCAGUGCUAAGAUGUGGACUUGUUGUGUUUGGAGACUAUGAACCGUUAUCAGAAAUAACUGUAGAUCGAAAAUAUUUUACACCGGAUCUUAUCUUAUUUCAAGAUAUAUUCAAAAGCAUUGAAUGUAAGUAUGGCGGUCCAGUGAAGAACGCAGUAGAAGAAGGCAUGGUAGCUGCACUGGAGCUAUUCAAUGACUAUAAACAAGAAACAGAAGGCAGAGAACCUGUUCAGCACUGCAUCCUACUAUCAAAUAGUUUACCAUCCAAAUUAGGAGCACGAUGCAACCUGGACGUAAAGUACGAUGGACUCAAGAUGGAUGGAAUUGUCGAAGAAAUGAAAAAGAAUAAUAUCAGAUUUUCGCUUAUUUGUCCAAAAAGAGGAUAUACUGAUUUAGAGCAAAUGGUGCAUAAGAUCAAUGGAGAUGCAAUAGAAAUCAAUACAAUCACCGAGACAGCAGAAUCAUCUCAUCUUGUUCAACUUGCGGGCUUUACGCUUCCCGUGGCAUUAACCACGCAACAGCAACAGAAGCAACCAUCUACACCAGCAAAUGGCGCUACUGUAGACACAAAGGAUUCUCCCAGACAAAUGGCUGGAUCACCUCAAUCCGUGGCAAGUGAAGUGGGUAAAAAGAGAAAGAGAGAGAAUAUACCUGGACAGAUCACACUACCAAAGACAUCGUUUGACGCCAGUAAAUUCACAGAAGCUACUGCUCGUACAAAUUCACAUAUAGCAAAGAAGCAAAGCACAGUAGCAAAAAAGGAGGUGCCAGUAAAGAUAGAAGAAGACAAGGGCAAUUCUCCAUCAAUGCAUGUAGAGCAACCUGUGGUUGCUAGCGCCAAGCCUAUCCAAACCAUCCCGAUGGUCCAACAGCAGACUCCUUCUCCACAGUUACAGCAGCAACAGUCACCUCAGCAGCCACAGGCACAGCAACAAAAUCAGGCACAGACACUUCCACAGCAAACAGCACAAUUCCAACAACAACCACAGCCUGUACAACAAUCUCCACAGCCUCAACAGCAAGCGUUUCAACAGCAACAACCACAACAACCGCAGCAACAACCACAGCAACAACCACAGCAACAACCACAGCAACAACCACAGCAACAACCACAGCAGCCACAGCAGCCACAGAUGCAACAGCCAACACCACAACCGCAACCAGGUGCGCAACCGCAGGCACAACAGCGACCUAUGGCUGCAUCUCAAACAUCAUUACCUCAGCCAUUGGCCAGUCGUGUGCAGAAUCCAAUCCUCCUGCAGCAAUAUCUCUUACAGCAGCGAAAUAACUUGCUAGAGCUUGGACCCAAUCUGACACCUGUACAACAAAAUCAGCUACAGACCAUUCAAACAGCACUUGUCAAACUAACCGAGCAACUUCGACGAACGCAAGCCGCUGCUCGUAAUGGUCCAGGAAUGCCUCCAGGAAACAUGAAUGCAAAUGCUGCGACAACAGUAGCUACUGUAUCCCCAACCCCUAACUCUUCCUCACCGUCAUUUGUUGGUGGCAAUGUGAGUUCUAAUGUUAGACCUAUGAUGGAUGUAAAUGCUGUCAGUAUGCUUCAGGCACAGCAACAGCAACAGCCACAACAGCCACAACAGCCACAGCCAGCAUCACAACAACAACAACAACAACCAUCACCAUCACCAUCACAACAGCCACAACUAAAGUUAGGAGGCAUCAAUGGUCCGCAUAUACCCAAUAAUCUAACAGCACAAACAAGGAUGUUACUAGCUGCACAAUUGGCGCAGAGGACACAGAAUCCUCAAGGAAUCAGUGCAGCCAACUUGAGCGAACUUCAAGCACAGCUACUACAGCAACAACAAAAUCAGCAAAACCCUCAAGGUCAACAACUACAACCACAACAGCAACAGCCGCAGCAACAAGCCCCGUUACAGACUCAAUCUUUGCCAAGCCAGCAAGAGAAUGGAACAGCACCUACUCAGCCAAUUUGGACAGGGCAAAUUGUAUGGCAUAUCAAGACACAAGAAAACCAACUACAGGAGUAUAACUGUCAUUGUGGCGCAUUUGCUAUACCAACUAAGGGAAAUAAUGUGGCUAUAGAAGAAUAUCAUCCUGAGAUGUGGCCGAACCGUAUCCAAAUAGCUGGGAGAUCUCCUUUAGCUAGGGCGCACAUUCUCCAAAGACAAGCUAUAGAAAACAAAUUACCAAUAUGUCAGUUUAGACCAUUGACUACGAGUAGCCAACAAGAUCAAAACAACUUUACUUUAUUGGUGAAAAAUCUAGAACAAAAGAAAUACAUUGCUACUAUCAUAUUCAACCUAGGAUCUGGACAACCACUAAACAUGGCGUCUGAGCAGCAUCAUGGCGUUGUCUUGACGUAUACGACAGGCAAACUGAUUGGAGUCGUCUUUACCAAGGUUCCCCUUCCGGACUUAAAUGCCGGUCUACCUACAAAUAAUAUACCUAAUGGAGUCUUUAUGCCAAAUAACAUGGCACAUACCUCACCUUUGCCAGGGACGAACAUUACACCUGCCAUGCUGGCGAAUCUUCAAAACACUGCUAACCUCGGUUUAUUAAAUACGACCAAUCCAAAUGUACAACAUCUCCAAAAUGCGCUAAGACAACAGCAAAUGAUGGGUGGUGCAGCAGGUAUGGUCAACGCCAUGUCUGGAGCACAACAACCUCACCAGCAGACGGCUGCACAAGGCCCUAUGAACGGGCUUAAUCCAAGUAGUUUGCUACUCUCAAACUUAAACUUGGCCAAUGCAGCUGAUAGUAAUAAUAUAUUAGGGCUCAAUGGUAUCAAUAUGGCCAAUCUAGGUAGCUUACCGCCUAAUGCUGUACGAGACCUACAACAGAGGCUACUCCUUGCCAGACAACAGCAACAACAAAACCAACAAAAUCAACAACAACAAAACCAACAGCCGCAGCCACCACAACAGACUCAACCUUAG